GACAUCGGGAGAAGGAGUGUUUCCGGAAGACGUGGCUGUUGCUGCAGUGGGAACUGAUACCCAAAUUAUUCUUAGAAGAGUACUUGUAUAGUUACUACAAUAUUUAUUCUGUUUUUAUUCUAUCUUCACCCGUUUAUCCGGCGGCAAGAUGAUUUCGUUAACGGACUCCCAAAAGAUUGGAAUGGGAUUAACAGGCUUCGGCGUGUUUUUCCUCUUCUUCGGGAUGAUCCUGUUCUUUGACAAAGCCCUCUUGGCUAUUGGAAAUAUCCUUUUUGUUGCUGGACUCGCCUUUGUCAUCGGGUUGGAGAGGACCUUCCGCUUCUUCUUCCAGAAGCACAAGAUGAAGGCCACCAGUUUCUUCCUGGGAGGUGUGUUUGUGGUGCUCAUUGGCUGGCCCAUCAUCGGGGUUGUGCUGGAGAUCUACGGAUUUUUCCUCUUGUUCAGGGGGUUCUUCCCAGUUGUAGUAGGCUUUAUCAGAAGGAUACCUGUCCUGGGCUCCAUCUUAAACCUGCCCUUCAUCAGUGCACCUUCGUAAGGCUCUGAGGACAAUCAGCAGUCGUGUAUGUGGACAAAGUGGGCGAGAGCAACACCAUGGUGUAACAGUGACUUUUUCUACCCAGAGAAGGCUGUUUGAGAACAGCAGGUUUUAUAAAUCAACACAAUGUCUCAAUGGGCUGAGAUAAAGCAGCUAAGGUUAUACGUUCAGAUUCCUCUACCCUCCAGCAGGCAAAGACUGCUUUCUGUCUGUCUGUAAUUUCAUUGGUCAGCGCUACCAAUCAAAGGUUCAUCAGAGCAUCGGACCCCCAGUCUGUUACUAAAGGGUGGAGUUACUAAGGUCACUACAAUAAAUAUUUGAAAUGCUAUUGAUCCCUUUAUCAUUGAAUGCAUCUGGCAUGAAAAUGGAGGAUGGAAGACUCCCUGAAAGCACCACUGACUCUGUGGACGUGAUUUUCUUACUCUGUGGAACAAACAGAACUACCGACAAUCCACAGGGAUGAGAAGUGGAUCGACAGCUUGCCAUGUUGUCACAUUUCUGUGCCUGAGCUUUAUCUAUAUUUGGACAAGACCUUUUGAGUCCAGCAUUUUGUCUCUUUGCACUUAUUCUGUGACACGGUGUAUCUUUUUUUGUCUUGCAGCUAUUUGAAUUGAAAAAUGUGUGGCUAUUGUAGUAUUUUCCCUUUUGUUAACAGAAUUUCUGUUUACCAUUGUUUAAUGAGUUCUUCUGUAUUUUUUUCUUUAUCAAUGCUUGACUUCAUGUACAGUGAGGUACUAUGGGAUCAUACUAAUAUUUGAAACUAUUAUUACUACUACUAUUAAAGCCUAGUCGCACCAGAAA